GCGGAAGGAGGGCGGGGCCCGAGCGCUUGGGCCCGGCCUGAGCGGGGCGGUGGCGGCUACGGAGGCUGCUGCGGGCGGGCUACGAAGGGAGAGCGGACCCGCGGGAGCGGCACUCGGCGAGGAGCUGAGGCGCUGUGGGGAUGAAGGACCGGCUGGCUGACCUGGCAGAGUGUAAAGGAAAUGAAGAUGGAGAGACUGUUAUUGUUGAAAAAGACCAUUUUAUGGAUGACUUUUUCCAACAGGUUGAGGAAAUUAGAAAUAACAUAACAAAAAUAGCACAAAAUGUGGAAGAAGUGAAAAAACAGCACAGCAUUAUCUUGUCAGCCCCAAAUCCUGAAGGGAGAACGAAAGAGGAACUUGAAGAAUUAAAUGAGGAAAUAAAGAAGACUGCUAAUAAAAUCCGAGCUAGGUUAAAAGCUAUUGAACAAAGCGUUGAUCAGAGUGAAAAUGCAAAUCGAACAUCAGUGAAUGUCAGAAUAAGGAAAACUCAGCACUCUGUAUUAGCUCACAAGUUUGUGGAGGUCAUGACGGAAUACAACGAGACCCAAACUCUUUUUCGAGAACGCAGCAAAGGUCGGAUACAGAGGCAAUUAGAGAUAACUGGAAAGACCACUACUGAUGAGGAACUGGAAGAAAUGUUAGAGAGUGGUAAUCCUUCAAUUUUCACUUCUGACAUUAUAUCAGACUCCCAAAUAACUAGGCAAGCUCUGAAUGAAAUUGAGUCACGGCACAAGGAUAUUAUGAAACUGGAGUCCAGUAUACGGGAACUACAUGAAAUGUUUAUGGACAUGGCUAUGUUUGUUGAGACUCAGGGUGAAAUGAUCAACAACAUAGAAAAGAACGUGAUGAAUGCAACAGAUUAUGUGGAACAUGCUAAAGAAGAGACAAAGAAGGCGGUUAAAUAUCAAAGUAAAGCACGAAGGAAAAUGUGGAUUAUUAUCAUUGUGUCACUGGUGUUGAUUGCCGUAAUUGGUAUAAUUAUUGGUUUGUCUGUUGGUAUUCGGUGAUCCUUGGAUAAAUUCAGCAUGCAUGACUUCCUGCCAGUCUGGCAAAAUUGAUAUUCAUAAUUAUAUGUGUAACUGUACUACUUCUGAUACUUGGAAUUAUCCUAGCAACAACACUAUCAUAGCAAGCGUAUUCUAAAAGCUACAAACUUUCAGAAGAUCCAAAAGAUAUCUUCAGUAAAACCAAACCUUUUUCUGAUAGAAGAUGCCUUACACAGAUGCGUGAUGAUGACCUAUCAUUAACGGCUAAAAUGAAAACAAAGUCACUCUUAAUGUUUACUUACAAAUGAAGAUUGGAAUGUACCAGGUUAUGUAUAUUUUUUCAUCAUAAACUACAUUUACAGUAAGACUGAAACUUGCUUUUAAUUGUUUUGAACUAAUGCAACUUGGAUGCUUUCAUUUUUCAGUGUUAAAAACAUUUAAAUAGGGAGUUAAGAUACUUGAGUUUUGACUGUUUGGAUUUUUUUAUUCCUAUUGCUACUAUAAUUCUAAUCACAAUUUUAUAACCUUGCCAGUGCUGCUUCUAAGUUAGUACUCCUGUGAACAUUUUUUUAAAUGUAGCUAUGCCUUUAAAUAUAUUUAUUCACCUUAACCUGCCUAAGCUUGAUACUUAAAAGUUAUUUCCAGCAAGUGAGAAAAUACUUUAUCCUGGAAAGACCACUUAGAUAUUUACUGGUCUGCCUACUACAUUACACUUUGAAAAGCAAAGAUUUUUUUUAAAAACCUAGCAUUUUUUUUUAUAUGACUAUAGCUAAAUGCUUUAAAUAUUUCCUUUAUAUUAGAAAAUGAUUUCUGGUAGAAGUGAUACAGAAAUAAAGCACACAAUUUGAACUUCAGCAGGUAAUUUUACAAAUAUCUUUGUACAAAAUAACCCAUGGGUCAGUUUAGCCUUAUUGCUCGCAGGAAUGAUAGAAAUCAUACUUGCUUCAAUAAAGCCAAGUCAAGGUUUGAUUUUCAGAAGCUUGCUGAUGUUGUGUGAAUAGAGCACACGGGAAGAAUAAACACUCAGAAAACUUAAAAAUGUAAUAUAAACUAAGACACUGAUUUGUUACAAAAUGUACUAUAUAACACAUAUGAAGUGUUUUAGUAUAUAUGCAUCUGCGUUGUAAUACUAGCUUGCAAGACCUGAAAGCUUGAAAGACUUCAACUGUAACCAAAUAACUGCAUUUAAUGUUAAAGGUUAUUUUUGUAUUUUGUGUGUAAAAUAUUUGUAACUUGAAUUUUUGAUUUCUCAUUGUUUAGGAUAUCCAUGUAGAUAUGUAGAUAUAUUUACACUGUAAGAGAAAUAGAGGAAAUCAUAAUGUGUGACUUUUUAAACACGAUCUAAAACAGUGCUUGUCAAUGUUUCCAAAUAUUAAACUGUAACAUUAUUUGCAAUAACUCAGAUUAGAAUCCUUAAACUUAUGUUUUAUGGGAAGUGUCUGAGAUCAGUUAUUCACUAAAAUUGUAAUUCAGUCUUUUUUUACUUCGUAAAAUUCAACCAAGUUUACAAUAUAUAAUGUAUGUAUGAAUAUUCCUGCUUUGUCCAGUUAUACUGUGAAUAUGCUGGAACUAUUCAGAUGUCAAAACAUUAAAAAUUCUUAAAAUUCUCUUUUGCAAGCCAGCCAUGAAGAAGUUGCUUGAAGAAAUUGACUUCAUUAAUGAGCAAUUUUUUUUUUUACUUUGACAUCCAGAACACUCACCAAUGGUUGUGGGGAAGUUUACAUGCAAAGUAAGAUUGGUUGUAUGUGUAAUCAUUCUAGGUAAUAUAUUUUCUAUUCUUUGGUUUUCUAGAUUUUUUUUAAAAAAUAUUAAUUAUUUAUACAGAGUACAUUGGGGAGGGGGAUCAGUUCCGUUCAACAACUGAUUAUCUAAAAUAGUGCCCCAAAUGCAGUCAUAUUGAUUCUUUUUUUUUUUUAAUUGAUAAUGCAGUACUUUGCCCACUAAGAACAGAAAUUAGAAUGUGCCACUCCAUGCCGUUUUAUUUUCUUUUGUUAUAUAGCUGCCUUUGUUUUAAAACAAAAGUUGUUUUUCACAUAAACCUCUUCAUUCUGUUAAUAUUGUGGAGAACAUCUCUAACCUAUGCACGAAUAAAUUUAUCUAAGCAAGUA